CUAGGCACGCUGGGAGACGCUGGUACAGUUCUGCGAACCAGUGUUUUCAGACCUUGUCGUAGUUCCCGCCCAUCUGAUCUCAGGUCUCCUCGGCUCGGAGUCCUGCCCCAGCCCCUGCCGCUGCCACCCCUCGGGACGCAGGGAUCCCGGGCCUGGAGCGAGCACCGCCGACCAUGGAGUCCGCGCCGAUCUCGUCCCGGCUGCCCCCCCACGACCCCCGCACGCCGGUGCUGUCCGUCGUGGACAUGCAUACGGGCGGGGAGCCCCUGCGCAUCGUGCUGGCCGGAUGUCCCGAGGUGCCCGGGCCCUCGCUGCUGGCCAAGCGGCGCUACAUGCGCCAGCACCUUGACUAUGUGCGGCGACGGCUCAUGUUCGAGCCCCGGGGGCACCGGGACAUGUACGGGGCGGUGCUGGUUCCCAGUGAGCUGCCCGACGCGCACCUGGGCGUCCUGUUCCUGCACAACCAGGGCUACAGCUCCAUGUGCGGCCACGCGGUGCUGGCGCUGGGCCGCUUCGCCCUGGACUUCGGGCUGGUGCCCGCUCCCCCUGACGGCUCCCACGAGGCCCGCGUCAACAUCCACUGCCCGUGCGGGCUGGUGACCGCCUUCGUGGCGUGCGAGGGGAGCCGCAGCCGCGGCCCGGUGCGCUUCCACAGCGUCCCGGCCUUCGUGCUGGCCUCAGAUCUUGCAGUGAAUGUUCCCGGACAUGGGGAAGUGGUGGUGGACAUUGCUUAUGGUGGUGCAUUUUAUGCACUGGUUAGUGCAGAGACAUUAGGACUUGAUUUGUGUUCUGCGAGAACGAGGGACCUUGUGGAUGCAGCAAGUGCAGUGACAGAAGCAGUGAAAGCUCAGUUUAAAGUCAGCCACCCUGAGAGUGAAGACCUUGCCUUUCUGUACGGAACUAUUUUGACAGAUGGCAAAGAUGCUUACAGUGAGGAGCCGACCACCAACAUGUGUGUGUUUGCAGACGAACAGGUGGACAGAAGCCCCACCGGGUCAGGAGUAACAGCCCGAAUUGCGUUGCAGUAUCACAAAGGCUUUCUGCAACUGAACCAGACCAGAACCUUUAAAAGCAGCGCAACUGGCUCCAUGUUCACAGGCAGUGCUGUGAAGGAAGCAAAGUGUGGUGACUUUAAAGCUGUUGUGGUGGAAGUUUCCGGACGAGCCCAUUACACAGGGGCAGCGAGCCUUACAGUAGAAGACGACGACCCACUGCGGGACGGGUUUCUUCUCAAGUGACCUCUUUCCUGACUUAAGAGCUUUUCUUCUAAAGUCAUGUUUGCUCUGAAUUACGUGAAAGCCAGUAGUAUCCAAUCAGACAUGUAAGAUGUUUUCCUUUUAUUUUUUUCUAAAAUAUCAUACAAUAUUCACACCAUUUUACAAAUGUAUUUUUGUAUAAAUUUCACUUAUAUCUAGCACAAAAAGUGUCAAAAAUUCAGAAAAAUUUUCUAGUCAUUAACAGAUGAGGUAAAACUCAAGCUUUAGUUACUUUUAUUUUUUUUUAAAUUUUUAUUAACAUUUUCCAUGAUUAUAAAAUAUAUCCCAUGGUAAUUCCCUCCCUCCCCACCCUCACACUUUCCCAUUUGAAAUUCCAUUCUCCAUCAUAUUACCUCCCCAUUACAAUCAUUGUAAUUACAAAUAUACAAUAUCAACCUAUUAAGUAUCCUCCCCUCUUCCUUUCUGUAUCCUUUUAGUUACUUUUAAAUAUUAUACACUGCUAAUAGCUAUUACAGUUCAUUUUAAAGGUGCUUUGAAUAAUUUCUUCACUUGUGGCAAGCAUUACUGUGACCUUUUGGUAUUUUAGUGUUCUGUUUUGAGUAAAAUGCCCUCUAGAAGCAA